AGACCUCUUUUUACAGGGAACCCCCUUGCCUAGUAGUGCACAUGUAGGUGAAGUAGUUUUAUCGCGUUGACGAACCGAGGAAGAGACGCGUGAAUCCAAACUCAUCGACAUGCCCAAGACCAAUGCAUGAACUGUGUUGCAGCAGCACCCCAUGUAAUGUUGGCUCGGUUUGGCUGCCAAUUCCAGCUUCUUCAAAAGGAGAGCAACACUUUCCUUGCAGCAGCAAAUGAUCAUAGGAUCUGACUGAGCGAAGGAAAGGAGUGUGACUGUGAGCGAAAGAUGCGUAACAAGUCGGUAGGCCCGUGGAACCCGCAUCCUCUACUGUAUGUCUGAUCAAAUGGAGGCCUCGAGCCGUAGAGGAGGGCAGAAAUCAGCGGUCGUCUCCAGGCUUGCAGCUGCGUUACAACCGAAUGGAGUCAUGGGCCUAUUCAGUCAAGCACACCGUUUCUACUCGAGCUGCUUGAACUCCGCCGAAGCAUGAGGAUAGGCUGGAACGUCCCAACUUCCUGCCACCGUUCGUCCACAGCAGACUUCCACGGUCGUUGCAAGGCCCCAAAGCGGUGCAGACACGUCGUUUGAAUUCUUCACUCUCUCCAAAUCUCCUUUUCUCUCGCGUAGUUUUGUUCGGCAGGGGUAUCGAAAGGCAGAACACGCUAGCAACACUGGAAAAGGUCUGUUGAUGGGACAGGAUAGAGACGAUUAAGAAGAAUGUGGCGAGCCGAAAUAUUGCUCAGACAGACGAGAGCUGCAAGGGCAUCUCUUCCUCGACCUUGCCCUGAUUUGCGCGACGUUUGGUACCGUAAACUGCCGUCGUCGUUUCCGCCGGACGAUCGUGCAUGGUUGGGUUAGGGAAACCCUUGCGGCGGAGGUGAUUGCUGGCUAGCAAAAAGCUAAGCUGAUGAUUUAAAAUAUAAGAUGCAACUCUAAAGCAAGCGGGCAUAGUUUCAUCUCGGCCAGAAACUUGAGCCGUUACUUCCCUGACUCCAAAGCCAUAUCCGAGUGACCUCAAAAGAUUGACAAGAGAAAAGAUACUUGUACAACCUUUUAUUAUUGUACGUCCAUUACACGCUUGGUGUUCGCGAAGAAUGCUUCUAUAUUUUCACGAGGCUUUGAUAUAAACUACAAGUCCAAUGAUUGGAAGUACAACUGUCCGUCGCCGUCGGUCUGUUUGAUGUACCGUUGGACGUUUACCGAUUGCUUCGAUGGCGGCUGGUGUUACACCGAUACUGAAGAGAGGCAGGUCGAGUCGUGGGAAGCAAUUGAUCACUUACAGUAAUGGGCAAUUUGAGCGAAGUGCUGCUGCUGCUGCUGCUCAGACACAAGCACUCGUGGAUAGUGACGACAUACACGCGUACACACGACAGCUACGAAUCGACGGCAGAGGGAAUGCCGCUAACGGCGGUUUAGUCUACCUGCUACCAACUCCAAACAAGGGAGCACUGGCAUUGCAAGGAAGAAGUCCUCUUUCCUCUGCUAUCGUAUCGUCAGCAAGUGAUGAAACGACCUCGCGACGCUCUACAAGGGGUGACGGGCGGAAAGCGACGAAUUCACCCCAGUUCAUCCUCAAUAGUCGAGAGAGGGUUGAUGAGAACUUGGCAAGACUACCACCGAGUGCGGUCUUCUUGCCACCGAUAGAUCUUGCAUCGCAACAACAGUUCCAACGUCAAAAUGCUGAUGGCCGUCAGCUAACUAAUUUUGAUGGUCAACAACAGCAACAACAAUCCUUCGUGUCGGGUUCACAGCGUUUCGUUCUACAACCGUACAGACCUGCAGACCAAGCCGAUGUCACAGCAAACAGAACACCAGUGGUGACGAACCCUAUGACGAACCAGGCUGCUGGGGCCCCUCCAAAGAAUGGAGUCCACUUCGAGGACGAUGUGCUGGGAAUGGUGAAUAUCACUCAAACAUGCCGAUUGAAAUACGCGGGAGCGUCAUCGAAUGCACUCUAUGAUGAAAUCAACAGACCGGCAAUGAAUGCUCCAACAUAUAAUGCGAGCAAUAGCUACAAGCGGUACCUGUCGUGGAAAAACUACGCCAACAAUAAUACAAACACCAGCAUGGUGUCGUGUAUGAAGAUCGUCUUUCACAUGAUAUCCUUGUUACUUUCCAUCGUGGCCAUUACGCUUGCGGUGAUGGUAGCUACUGGCUAUAUACGUGUUCCACCGGAUACCGAUACCCAGCUAGCAGGCAACCAAGCUUUGGACAACAAUCCAUGGAGACAACGAGAUGCAAAUGGUUUUCAAUCAGGCAACAAUGCUGGAGUGGAUCGACGCAUACCCUUCGGCCAGGAUUCCCAAUUUCAGCCCAAUCAGCCCAACCAGCUGAACAGGAUUGCGCGUAUUGGCGUGCUAUGGCAAAGACUCGAAGAUAUGGACAAAGCUGCCAAUGAAAACAGCCAAGUUCUGCAUAGCACAGAGUUUGCACAAGCCAAACUCACCGAGCAGAUUCGAAGACUGGAGAGCAUGCUUACAAGCAGUCAUGAGGCUAUCGACCUUCUCUCAACAACGUAUGUUCACUGGGGUCGCCGAUCAUGUCCGAGCAGUGCAGUGCAUAACAGUACUGUACACGUUGUGUACUCUGGUAUUGUUGCUGGCUCUGCUGAUUCUCAACCGGGCAACGGUGCCAACCCACUGUGCAUGCCCAUGCAGCCGUCGUGGGGUGCCCAUCACGCCGCACCACAGCGCGGAGGCAAGCUGUACGGUGCCACCUACAGGCUGGGCGUGAUGUCCGAGGGUGUGUACAACGUCUUCGCUGGCAACGCUCAACCCGGCGGUAUGAACAGGAGACCCAUACCAUGUACGGUGUGCCGAGUGCAGAGAGCUACCACCAUACUCCAGCUACCAGCCACUAACCUGUGUCCGGAUGGCUACCGACAUCUAUAUGAUGGCUAUCUACUCAGUGCGGCCGCCACACAGUUCAAGUCACAGUAUCUGUGCUUUGAUAAGCAAUCCGAAAACGCCACAACACAACUGCCGGCAGAUAUGCAAGUGCCCACGCCACAAAUGUCGCUCUUCCCAGUCGAGGCACAGUGCAAAACAAAUCUCCCUUGCCAGCAAUUUACAAACAACAGGGAAAUGACCUGUGUGGUUUGUGUUGCCUAGCUUCAUUGGACAUAACAAUCACUCCAUGAUGUGCGUAGGACGCUAGCUCUAUGUCCGCUCUGCUAGUUAAGAUCACGACCAAACUCCAUUUUCACAGUAACUACAACCCAUCAUAUGUUAUGAAUACUAUUACAAAUCGCUUUGCGGCGACUUGACAAUUUUUUUGUGAAAGCCAGGUGCUGCCCACUCUCUCACCCCUCCCUCCCUUUGCCUCGUACAUGUGCAUUUUUGUACUUGUACUCCCAAAUAUUCUACAUUAACAACUAUUCUACAUUAACGGGCACUUGAAUUAAUCUUGAUUGAUAGUAUUAAUUCCUACAAUGACAUUUACAAUAUUCAAAGGCUUUUCUUUCGCCAGGGCAUGCGCAUGCCACUCCACACUACACUGGUAACUAUCACGGAUCACGUGGAA